GUUUUAAAGGGAAAUUUAAGAGCCUUCUCUCUCAAAACUCAAAACAGCGAGUGAAAGAAAACACAGAGAGCUUGCUUGGGGUUAGGGUUUUCGUUCUUUGUUUCAGAUCAAGGCGUAGAUCUUCGUCGGAGACAAUGGGAAUCUCGACGCAGUCUCACGGAAUUCAGUCGAUGCUUAAAGAAGGUUACAGACAUCUCUCCGGUCUCGAUGAGGCCGUCAUUAAAAACAUCGAAGCUUGCAAGGAGCUUUCUACCAUUACCCGCACUUCUCUUGGCCCCAAUGGAAUGAACAAAAUGGUAAUCAAUCAUUUGGAUAAGCUAUUUGUCACAAAUGAUGCUGCCACUAUUGUGAAUGAACUUGAGAUUCAGCACCCAGCAGCCAAAAUUCUGGUGUUAGCUGCUAAGGCCCAGCAAGCGGAGAUUGGAGAUGGAGCCAAUCUGACCAUUUCUUUUGCUGGAGAGCUUCUUCAAAACGCUGAGGAGCUUAUUAGGAUGGGAUUGCAUCCGAGUGAGAUCAUUAGUGGAUAUACUAAAGCAAGCAAUAAGGCUGUUGAAUAUUUGGAGGAGCUUGUUGAGAGUGGUUCUGAGUCUAUGGAUGUACGUAAUAAAGAGGAAGUUGUGUCUCGGAUGAGAGCAGCUGUUGCUAGCAAGCAAUUUGGUCAAGAGGAGAUUAUAUGUUCUUUAGUAGCUGAUGCGUGCAUUCAAGUCUGUCCCAAAAAUCCAACAAAUUUUAAUCUGGAUAAUGUCCGUAUUGCGAAACUUUUGGGAGGAGGUUUGCACAACUCGUGUAUAGUCCGUGGCAUGGUCUUAAAAAGUGAUGCUAUUGGGAGCAUUAAGCGAAUGGAGAAGGCGAAGGUUGCUGUGUUUGCUGAUGGUGUUGAUACUACUGCAACUGAGACGAAAGGAACUGUCCUGAUUCACAGUGCUGAGCAGCUGGAGAACUAUGCGAAAACAGAAGAAGCUAAGGUUGAGGAAUUGAUAAAAGCCGUUGCUGAAUCAGGAGCUAAAGUAAUUGUUAGCGGAGGAUCAGUUGGUGAAAUGGCAUUGCAUUUUUGUGAGCGCUACAAGUUAAUGGUCUUAAAAAUCAGCUCAAAGUUUGAAUUGCGGCGUUUCUGUCGUACAACCGGGGCAGUCGCUCAGUUGAAGCUUAACCGACCAAGUCCUGAUGACCUUGGCUAUGUUGAUUCUAUAUCAGUAGAGGAAAUUGGUGGUGUGAGAGUCACCAUUGCAAGAAAUGAGGAGGGUGGUAACUCCAUUUCUACAGUAGUAUUGCGCGGAAGCACAGAUAGCAUAUUGGAUGACCUCGAAAGAGCUGUGGAUGAUGGAGUUAAUACAUACAAGGCCAUGUGCAGAGAUAGCCGUAUUGUUCCUGGAGCUGCAGCUACUGAAAUAGAAUUGGCUCAAAGAUUGAAGAAAUAUGCCAAUGCAGAAACUGGGUUGGACAAAUACGCUAUCUCCAAAUUCGCAGAGAGCUUUGAAUUUGUGCCUAAAACCCUUGCAGAUAAUGCCGGCCUCAAUGCAAUGGAGAUCACAGCUUCUCUGUACACUGGACAUGGAUCUGGAAACGCAAAACUCGGCAUCGACUUAGAGGAAGGUGUUUGUAAAGACGUCUCAGAUACAAAAGUAUGGGAUCUUUAUUCCACCAAGUUAUUCGCUCUUAAGUAUGCUGCAGAUGCUGCAUGCACCGUGCUACGCGUAGACCAGAUUAUAAUGGCUAAACCAGCAGGUGGGCCGAGGAGAGAUGCAGCUGCAGCCGCUGGUGCAGGCAUGGAUGAAGACUAAGCUGUUAUAACAAACACCUCUUAGCCAAACCCUCUCUCUCUUCUUCUAUAACUUUUUUUAGUUUCUUUUUAUCCCUCUUAGAAAAGUUCAGUAAGUAUACACACCCGACUUUUCUCUUCUUCUGCCUGUGAUUUGGUUCCUUCCAACAUUGAAAUUGCAAUUGAAUAGGUGUGGUGACAAGUUUCUGGUUGGGUUUUAGACAAAUAUGAUCAAUAAGAACUAGUUAGAUUCUGGCUC